AAAAGAAAAGGGGAUAAUUCGAAAAAACAAAAAAAGAAAAACUCUCUUACACUAUACUUGCAAGCCUCUUCUCAUCUCCACCACUCCCUCUAUCGCACAUGAAAUUCUAACCUCUCUUACUUUUCAAUCCUCACGUAGCUUCUAAUUCCCAUGGCGAAAACCCUAAUUUCUUCUCCGACGUUCAUCGGUGCACCACUCCCGUCAGUCGCUCGCCAUGGGUUCCACACACUUCCUAAUAGGAGAUUCAUAUCCACAAGAGUAAAUUUAAGCUUGCACGAGAUUCCUCCAAUUAGUCAUUUAGAUUCUUCAAUUGAUUUCAGUUCGAUUAUUAGUAGAGCUGAGAGCCUCCUCUAUACGCUCGCGGAUGCUGCUGUUGCGGUGGAUUCCGCCUCUGGUGGUGCUGCCUCCAGCUCAACUGAUACAGCUGUACAAAAGAAUGGUGGGUGGUUCGGCUUUAUCUCCGAAUCCAUGGAGUUUGUUCUCAAGGUAUUGAAGGAUGGGCUUUCAGCUGUUCAUGUUCCGUAUGCUUAUGGUUUUGCAAUUAUAUUGCUCACUGUUAUUGUAAAAGUUGCCACACUCCCUUUAACCAAGCAACAAGUUGAAUCUACAUUGGCAAUGCAAAACCUUCAACCUAAGAUAAAAGCCAUUCAACAAAGAUAUGCAGGCAAUCAGGAGAGAAUACAACUCGAGACAUCACGUCUAUAUAGGCAAGCUGGGGUUAAUCCUUUAGCAGGUUGUUUUCCGACCUUGGCUACAAUACCAGUGUGGAUUGGUCUAUAUCAAGCUCUUUCAAAUGUUGCGAAUGAGGGACUGUUGACAGAAGGGUUUUUUUGGAUUCCGUCAUUGGGUGGGCCAACUACAAUUGCAGCUCGACAAAGUGGAUCUGGCAUUUCAUGGCUUUUUCCAUUUGUGGAUGGCCAUCCACCAUUGGGCUGGCAUGACACUGCAGCUUACCUGGUUCUACCUGUCCUCCUUGUUGUAUCUCAGUAUGUAUCAAUGGAGAUUAUGAAACCUCCCCAGACGGAUGACCCAGCUCAAAAGAACACGCUUCUUGUUUUCAAGUUUCUUCCUCUCAUGAUUGGUUACUUUUCCUUGUCUGUUCCAUCUGGAUUAUCUAUUUACUGGUUCACAAACAAUGUACUCAGCACAGCCCAACAGGUAUGGUUACGCAAAUUAGGUGGUGCAAAGCCUGUGGUUAAUGAGAAUGCAAGUGGAAUCAUCAGUGCAGGACGUGCAAAAAGAUCAGCUUCACAGCCAGCACAACCUGGUGAUAGGUUCAGGCGGUUAAAGGAAGAAGAGAAGAGGACAAAAUUGAGCAAGGCACUAUCAGAUGACAAGGUACAGAUUUUGGAUUCUGCAUCUGCUUCUGAUGAGGACUCAGAUGAAGAGACUAAUGACAAGGGUGAAGGAGUUCUAGAGCAAGCAUAUGCUUCUAGUUCAAGCAAACAGGUUCCUGACACUUCUAGGCCAAAGAGAAGCAAGCGGUCAAAAAGAAAGCGUGCUGUAUAAAAAGUCUGUAUACUGGUCUGAUCAUUGUAGUUUUUGGUUGACCAUGAUCUAUGGCUUGGCUCCGAGAAAAAGAGAGUCUGGCUUCUAUAAUCUCUAGUGGUUUGAUUUCGUUUGGUUUGAUUUGCAAUUGAUCAGAUUUGAAAGGUACAUUCAUAUUAUUUAUACGCAUUAACACACUGACACAUGCAUUUCGUCAUCCGGUGCCACAAAUAUCAUCCGUAGAAAUCCAUACAUGGAAUGGAAGCUUUGUCUUUGUACGUAUUGUGUUGUAGCAGUCCUUAAACCUUUUUUUUUUUUUUCUGGGAUUAGUUGUUUUGAUAAUUACUGAUCCAACGGUCAAGAAAAUGCCUUUUAAUGUACAGCUUCUUUUCUUGUUAUUCCCUGGAUAUUAGAAAGACAAUUAUAUUAUUAAAA